ACGCAACCUCAUAAGGCAGCGCGCCCUUACCCGUGGGGAGAGUUUCCGCCAUUUUUGAAAAUCGGGAAGGUCCGGGGCAAAGUGUAGUUGGUGCUGCGAUGGCAGCCUUUGCUGUGGAACCGCAGGCGCCCACGUUGGGAUCUGAACCAAUGAUGCUAGGUUCACCAACAUCUCCAAAGCCAGGGGUUAAUGCCCAGUUCUUACCUGGAUUUUUAAUGGGGGAUUUGCCAGCUCCAGUAACUCCACAACCUCGAUCAAUCAGUGGCCCUUCAGUAGGAGUAAUGGAAAUGAGAUCACCUUUACUUGCAGGUGGGUCACCACCACAACCAGUUGUACCAGCUCAUAAAGAUAAAAGUGGAGCUCCACCAGUUAGAAGUAUCUAUGAUGAUAUUUCUAGCCCAGGACUUGGAUCAACACCUUUAACUUCAAGAAGACAGCCAAACAUUUCAGUAAUGCAGAGUCCUCUUGUUGGAGUUAUGACAACUACUCCUACUCCUGGAACAGCCCUUAAAGUCAGAGGAGGCCCUCCUCCACCUAAACCAGAGAUAGAGCCUCUUGAAUCUGAGAAGAACCCUCAGCUGACAGCCAGCUGGGAAAUGGAGAUAUCAGUCCUCCAGCCUUGCAAGAAACUCAGUUCUGGCAACAACCUCAAUGAACAAGGAAAUAGAUUAUCUUCUAGAGCCUCCAAAAAGAAGCACAUCCUUGUUGACUUCCUGAUUUUGGCCUCGUGGGACUCUAAGCAGAGACUCAUCCCAGCCUCCAGACUUCAGACCUAUGGGAACUGUAAGGGGGAUGUUCCUAGUAAUUUCUAA